UUCCUCAUACCCCAGCCUAUUCACAUCCACCUCCUUCUACGCCUCCCCCUCCGUUCAGCUCCACAGCAGGCUGCUCUUCAUCUCUCUGCCAAACACUGAACAUCAUCCUGUCUCUUCCACCGUGACCGGAUAACGAAUAUCAGGAUUUUCUGUAAACCUCUGUGAUCAUGUCCUCAGUGCUUCAGAAGCUUAUCAGCCCUCUGGCUAGCAGCUCCGCUGAGCCUCCCAGGAACAAGGUGACUGUGGUCGGGGUGGGCCAGGUGGGCAUGGCCUGCGCUGUCAGCAUCCUACUGCGGGACCUGUGUGAUGAGCUGGCUCUGGUGGAUGUGAUGGAGGACCGUCUUAAAGGAGAGAUGAUGGAUCUCCAGCAUGGCAGCCUUUUCCUCAAAACCUCCAAGAUAGUUGCAGACAAAGACUACGCAGUGACUGCCAAUUCUCGCUUGGUUGUGGUGACAGCUGGUGUUCGCCAGCAGGAGGGAGAGAGCCGCCUCAACCUGGUUCAGAGGAACGUCAAUGUGUUCAAGUCCAUCAUCCCUCAGCUCGUCAAGUACAGCCCCAAUUGUACGAUCAUCGUGGUCUCCAACCCUGUUGAUGUGCUGACAUACGUGACCUGGAAGCUAAGUGGUCUGCCAAAGCACCGAGUCAUUGGGAGUGGCACCAACCUGGAUUCAGCUCGCUUCCGAUACAUGAUGGCUGAACGCCUUGGCAUCCAUGCCAGCGCUUUCAAUGGCUGGGUGCUGGGUGAGCACGGAGACACCAGCGUUCCUGUGUGGAGUGGGGCAAACGUGGCAGGAGUAAACCUGCAGAAGCUCAAUCCCGACAUUGGCACUGAUGCUGAUAAGGAGCAGUGGAAGGCCACACACAAGGCAGUGGUGGACAGUGCCUACGAAGUGAUCAAGCUGAAGGGUUACACCAACUGGGCCAUCGGCCUGAGUGUUGCUGACCUCACUGAGAGCAUUGUCAAGAACUUGAGCCGUGUCCACCCUGUCUCCACUAUGGUCAAGGACAUGUAUGAUAUCAGUGAGGAGGUCUUCCUUUCUCUGCCCUGCAUCCUGAACAGCAGUGGUGUGAGCAGUGUGGUCAACAUGACCCUGACUGAUGACGAGGUUUCCCAGCUGAAGAACAGCGCUAACACACUGUGGGGCAUCCAGAAAGACCUCAAGGAUCUGUGAACACACACAUACACUCCCACGAUGCAGCGAGGCUUGUUCUCUCACACACACAGUCCUUUUGUUAUGUUCCCCAAUCACUUAGGUUGUGUUGCUCUCAUUUUGAAGAACAGUACCAGUGCUCUUUAAAACUGUGUCAGUGAAAUUUUCAGUUUUACACUUGGUCUAAUUUCAAGUUUUUCUGUUACAUCAUGUUUUUGCCUACUCCAUGUUAAGCACCUGAUAUGUCCAUCUAAAAAAACAUUGGUAUGCUUAUUUUAAAAAGGUGCAUUUGCUUUCUGAUGUGUACCAGGCUUAAGUUACUGCCACUGAUUGUGUUAGCAGAUGCAUGCUCACCUUUCUUUCUGUACCAUUGUCAGCCAACACACACACACACACACGCACACACACACACACACACACACACACACACACACACACAGAGUGCUGUUUCCUGCUUCACCCACAUUCUCACCUGAGUUCUUUUUUUGUAGUGCAGGGAAUCACUGAGCGAAAGACCUUUAACAUCUCAAGAAAGAUAAAACCACCAAAGGAAAGCCUUCCUGUGAAGCUGUGACUCUGCAGCUGACACACUGUUGCACACUUAGGUCAAAAGAUGGGAAAUCUCUUUUUUCCUCUGUGUUCCAAGCGAGGUGGAGCAGCAAUGGAAGCAUGUAAGCAUCCAGCUGGGGUUGAUUUUUAGACAAGAAUUGUGAUUGUCUGGCCUUGUGUUGUAAACAGCAGUGUGUGACUUAAUAAAUCUAAACCUCAUGAAUGUG